AUUUUUUGGCUUUAGUGAUAAAUGAGGUUUUUACACUUAUUUAAUGAUAUUUUUUAAAUCUAGAAGUAAUGAUAGUGUGUGCCUUUGAGUCUCAAACAAUAGCUCCAUGUGUCCCUCUUAGGCAAUGUGAAAUUGUAAUGCUGUAUGUUCCACCACCACCACCAACUUGGGCAACAAUGUAAAACUCAUUUCACAGCCCUAAUGGAGGGGAAACUGUAUUCCUCUUGUUUAAAAUGAAUGAGUCACUUUAACACAGCGUCUGAGGGGAGAGAAGCGAGUGAGGGUGUUACAGUUUUCUUGGGCAGCAAAUACAAAAACGAAGCCUGAAGCCUUAGCUCUUUCUGUAUGUGGGUUUUAUUUCUCACAGCAGCCUAGUGUCUAUUUAACAUAUGGGAGUGGUUUCAAGUUCAUUCCUAAAGCUUAGAGGCUAAAGUGCUUUGUGGGCUUGGCUGUGACUUAAGUUGCCUAUGGGGAGUCAGCCAAAACCGGGGCUUGGGAACCGACUGCUUUCCCCGCGUAUGUAGCUUCUGUGGUAGUCAGUUUUUUCUCCUCUCGGCUAUCAGCUGCUUUGGAGAUUAGCUGCAUAGUAAGGAUUCUUUCUUUAAAGCAAGAUGAAGCGACUACUCUCACAGGGGCACCAGCCCCUUUGCUUUUACCCUGUCUCAAGUCAACAUGUCCCUGAAAAAUGAGCCGAGAGUAAAUACCUCUGCACUGCAGAAAAUCGCUGCUGACAUGAGUAAUUUGAUAGAAAAUCUGGACACGCGGGAGCUCCACUUCGAGGGAGAGGAGGUGGACUACGAUGUGUCCCCCACCGAUCCCAAGAUACAAGAAGUGUAUAUCCCUUUCUCUGCUAUUUAUAAGACUCAAGGAUUUAAGGAGCCUGAUGUACAGACAUAUCUCUCCGGCUGUCCAAUAAAAGUGCAGGUUCUGGAAGUGGAGCGCUUUACGUCUACAACAAGGGUACCAAGCACCAAUCUUUACACUAUUGAAUUAACACAUGGGGAAUUUAAAUGGCAAGUCAAGAGGAAAUUCAAGCACUUCCAGGAAUUCCAUAGAGAACUGCUCAAGUACAAAGCCUUUAUCCGAAUCCCCAUUCCCACCAAAAGACACACAUUUAGAAGACAGAAUGUCAAAGAAGAGCCUCGAGAGAUGCCAAGCUUGCCCCGUUCAUCUGAAAACAUGAUCCAAGAAGAGCAGUUCUUUGGUAAAAGGAAACAGCUGGAGGAUUACUUGACGAAGCUACUGAAAAUGCCCAUGUAUAGAAACUAUCAUGCAACGACGGAAUUCCUUGAUAUAAGCCAGCUGUCUUUCAUCCAUGAUUUGGGACCAAAGGGCAUAGAAGGUAUGAUCAUGAAAAGAUCCGGGGGACACAGAAUACCAGGCUUGAAUUGCUGUGGUCAGGGAAGAGCCUGCUACCGGUGGUCAAAAAGGUGGUUGAUAGUGAAGGACUCCUUUUUACUGUACAUGAAACCAGACAGCGGUGCCAUUGCCUUCGUCCUGCUGGUAGACAAAGAAUUCAGAAUUAAGAUGGGCAGGAAGGAGACGGAGACGAAAUACGGACUCCGAAUUGAUAAUCUUUCAAGGACACUUAUUUUAAAAUGCAACAGCUAUAGACAUGCUCGGUGGUGGGGAGGGGCUAUAGAAGAAUUCAUCCAGAAAUAUGGCACCAACUUUCUCAAAGAUCAUCGAUUUGGGUCAUAUGCUGCAAUCCAAGAGAACACUUUAGCUAAAUGGUAUGUCAAUGCCAAAGGAUAUUUUGAAGAUGUGGCAGAUGCAAUGGAGGAGGCAAAAGAAGAGAUUUUCAUCACAGAUUGGUGGUUGAGUCCAGAAAUCUUCCUGAAACGCCCGGUGGUUGAAGGAAAUCGCUGGAGAUUGGACUGCAUUCUUAAACGAAAAGCACAACAGGGGGUGAGGAUCUUCGUUAUGCUCUACAAAGAGGUGGAACUUGCUCUUGGAAUCAACAGUGAAUACAGCAAGAGGAUUUUGAUGCAUCUACACCCCAACAUAAAGGUGAUGAGGCACCCAGAUCAUGUGUCGUCCAGCGUCUAUCUGUGGGCUCAUCACGAGAAACUUGUCAUCAUCGACCAGUCAGUGGCCUUUUUGGGUGGAAUCGAUCUGGCCUACGGAAGGUGGGAUGACAAUGAACACAGACUCACGGACGUCGGCAGCGUGAAGCGCGUCAUCAUGGGACCGUCUCCAGGCUCCCUCACGGCUGAAACAACAGAGUCUAUGGAAUCCUUAAGCCACAAAGAUAAAAACGAAUCUAAUAAAAGUCCGCCCGUCCUGAAGAAUGUUGAUGAUAGGGACUCAAAACUGAAAGGAAUAGGAAAGCCGGGAAAAUUCUCCAAGUUCAGCCUGUACCGGCAGCUGCACAGGCACCACCUGCACAACGCGGACAGCAUCAGCAGCAUUGACAGCGCCUCCAGUUAUUGUAAUCACUGUAGGAGCCGUCAGAAUUUAAUCCAUGGUUUAAAACCUCACUUGAGACUCUUUCGCUCUUCCAGUGAGUCUGAGCAGGGGCUCACUGGACCUAACACGGACACGGGCUCCAUCCGGAGUUUACAGACCGGAGUGGGAGAGCUCCACGGGGAAACCAGAUUCUGGCAUGGAAAGGACUACUGUAAUUUUGUCUUCAAAGACUGGGUUCAGCUGGAUAAGCCUUUUGCUGAUUUCAUUGACAGGUACUCCACCCCCCGGAUGCCAUGGCACGACAUCGCCUCUGCAGUCCACGGGAAGGCGGCUCGCGACGUGGCGCGUCACUUCAUCCAGCGCUGGAAUUUCACGAAGAUUAUGAAAUCAAAAUAUCGGUCCCUUUCUUAUCCUUUUCUGCUUCCAAAAUCUCAAACAACAGCCCAUGAAUUGAAAUAUCAAGUGCCUGGGUCUGUGCAUGCUAACGUGCAGUUGCUCCGCUCUGCUGCUGAUUGGUCUGCUGGUAUAAAGUACCACGAAGAAUCCAUCCACUCUGCUUACAUCUAUGUGAUAGAGAACAGCAAGCACUAUAUCUAUAUAGAAAACCAAUUUUUCAUAAGCUGCGCUGAUGACAAAGUUGUGUUCAACAAGAUAGGCGAUGCCAUUGCUCAGAGGAUACUCAAAGCUCACAGGGAAGGCCAGAGAUACCGGGUGUACGUUGUGAUACCACUUCUGCCAGGUUUUGAAGGAGACAUUUCAACUGGUGGAGGAAAUGCUCUGCAGGCGAUAAUGCACUUCAACUACAGAACCAUGUGCAGAGGAGAAAAUUCCAUCCUUGGACAGUUAAGAACAGAGCUUGGCAAUCAGUGGAUAAAUUACAUAUCCUUCUGUGGUCUUAGAACACAUGCAGAGCUGGAAGGAAACCUGGUCACCGAGCUCAUCUAUGUCCACAGCAAGUUGCUAAUUGCUGAUGACAACACUGUUAUUAUUGGCUCUGCCAACAUAAAUGACCGGAGCAUGCUGGGGAAACGUGACAGUGAGAUGGCCAUCAUCAUGCAGGACACCGAGACGGUCCCUUCGGUAAUGGAUGGAAAAGAGUACCAAGCUGGCCAGUUCGCCCAGGGGCUUCGGCUGCAGUGCUUCCGGGUUGUCCUCGGCUAUCUUUCUGGCCCCAGUGAAGACAUUCAGGAUCCAGUGAGUGACAAAUUCUUCAAGGAGGUGUGGGUUUCAACGGCAGCUCGAAAUGCUACAAUUUAUGAUAAGGUGUUCCGGUGCCUUCCCAACGAUGAAGUACACAAUUUAAUUCAGCUGAGAGACUUUAUAAGCAAGCCCAUCUUAGCGAAGGAAGAUCCCAUCAGAGCGGAGGAAGAGCUGAAGAAGAUCCACGGGUUCUUGGUGCAAUUCCCACUUUAUUUCUUGUCUGAAGAAAACCUACUGCCUGCGGUUGGAACCAAAGAAGCCAUAGUGCCCACGGAGGUUUGGACUUAAGAGUUAUAUUUGUUUGCAGCCCAAGGGCUUUACCCUGACGAGUACACUGCACACCGUGACUUUCUGGAGACCUAGCAGCCAAAGCCAGACGCAGUGCACUCUUGUAUCCCACCCUUAGACCCUUUGGAUUGGCUAGGAGGGGCUGCAGUCGUACUGAUGUGAGGACAGUGAGCAUCAGCAGGGCUCUGUAACGCCUCCUGCCUGUCCUUGUGAAAAAGGGACUGCAUUCUGAGGUGCAGAUAUCCAACAGAUUAAACACAUACUUAAAUUCCACAAUGUAUGCCAAAGUGCAUUUUCUUCACUAACAAGAAUUUACCCUAACUGUGAACAACGUUGCCAAACGUUGUCUGAGCCUCCUUAAUUUCCUCUGACCCUCACUCAUGCAGCUGAGGUCUGCUGGACCUGCCUUCUUCUCAUAGUCCGGACAGGCUCUGGUUUGAGAUAUCGUUUGUUGCCAGAAGAUGUUCUGAUUCUGCCCCAAGUUUCUUCGAGGUGUCACCGGCUGCUCCUUCCCACCUGGUCCUGAAGCAGUAGCAUGCCCCCAGCCAAGGAUGUGCUCUUUCCUCCUUUCCAGUGACCGUAAGGACAGGACAGACCUCGGUCUACACAGCAGCCCGCACUUCUGGUAAUAUUGACACUGUGCAUCUUGACAUCACAGACCAACAGGAAGGAAUUAAAUUCAGUUAUUAAGGCAGAGAUUUCGCUUUGCCUCCAAAGGCACUGAGAAGAUGUGUCCUUUUGACAGGGCCCACCUGAUCAAAUUUGAAAACAUAUGUAGGCGAUCUGAUUACUCAGCAACGGAUAAAACUCAAAGAUGGAGCAUGCAGCCUUCAGAAACCGCCAACAUGUCAGUGGGGAUCUGAUCCAGAUAAGAUUUCUUAUAGUCCUAUAAAAUUUCCUGUCAUUCUUAGCUGCUGGAUUGAUGGAAAUUGGAAUUUCUACAUUUCAAAAUCAAACCAGUGGAUACAGCUUGUCUUUUAAUAGAAUCAGAGGCUUCAUAACUUGUACCAAGUUAAUGAGUAUAAGCCUCACCUCACGUGACAUUCAGCACUCCAGCUAUGUUACCAUCUUUAAGAAAAAUUAACUGCAAAAUACAUGCUACUUCGCUUGCAUUAUUAAAUAUGCAUUAACAUUCCACCAGGCCUUCCAAAGAGGUUAGGAUUAUUUAUUCUCAUUAUCCUAGUCUGUCCUAGAAUUGCUCUGGGAACCCAUUUUUUCCUUUUUGGAUAUUAACAUACCCUUUGGUACACUAUAGCUCCAUUUUUAUUAAGCAGAACUCUUCUUACGGCCUGAAAAAUUAAUGUGGGUUCCUAAAAGGCCUGAGCCCGUAAAGCGUGGUGUAGGUGCAGUGACGACACGUCUGUGGAUUAUCCGGACAGGAUCUCAUCCAAAGAAGCAAGGACCCAAUCCCUGUUCUGGUAGAGCUGAUAGUCCAGGGGACAAGGUCAGACAGGAGCACAAGGUCAGUAUCUGGGUUAGCAGGAGAGAGACAGUGCCACGCCCAGGGGAGCGUUUUACAAAUGAGGUGGGACUAUGUAACCGACAGUGCAAAUGAAAAUGCUUUUCUAAUGUCUGAAGACGGUAAAAUGACUUCAUUGUGUAGCAGUUGUAAAUAAGGCGUUUGCUACUUACGAAGUUUAGAGUGGCAUUUAAAGUGCUGAAUGCAUGUGGAAUACCUUAGAGUUUCUUAUAUUUUCUUUUUAAGUAUUUUUUAAAAUGUAGAACAGUCAACAAAUGGCUUUUGAUUUUGUGCAAAUGCUUCCAUAAAACCAUGAGAAUUAAAGCCUGAAAGGACCCUUUCUCUUUAAAAAAAAAACACUUACCCCAUCUUCUCCCCAUUUUAUAGAUGAGAAACUGAGACCCAGGUUAGUUGAAGGAAUCACUGUAGUUCACCCAUUAGGACAAGUGACAUUGCAGUCCAUUACUGGCCUUUCGGGUCACUCACCACUGCCCCCAAAUGAGGAGAUGCACUAAACAGAUUUCAGACAGGAUGUCUCUAAGCUGUUUUGAUCCCUGUGAUACUAUGUACUUAUGUGCUUGUCUGUCUCACCAUAUUAGAAUGUAAGCUCCACUGGGCAGGGACUUCCCUGUAUUUUGUUCAUAGUGUAUACCCUGAGUCUGGAACAGUGCCUGGAACAGAAGAGGUGCUCAGUAUGUGUUUGUCGAAUGAAUAAAGGAGGUGGAGGAGAGAUAAUGAAACGAAAAACUUACGGAGUCUCAGACAAGAAAUCUUCCUGCUGGCUUCUGUAGCAAGUUGCUUUUCUACUGCAUCUUCUCAAAGGCAAGAUGCUCAUCUGCAAAGAUGAGAGACUACAAGAUUUAUUUGGGUGGAUUUUAUGGAAAAUUCAGUGCAAUAAUUGCCUGUUUUGCAAGAGCAGUUUAAGUAGUACAACAUUCUGCAAAAAUUGCUAGGACUGUGGACACAAGAUGUACAGUAUGGCCUAAUUACCCAUUGUUCUCUGACAUCCUUACUACCCAAUAGACGUUCAAAUAAUUUACCUUUAACAUUGCAAUGUCUGAUACAGGCUUUAAAAUGCAAGUGACUCAGGGUCUUGAAAAGCUGUUACUGAAUCUGUUCAACAUUUUAAACUGUCUAUAAUUUUUUGAAAUGCUGAUAAGUGUUGUACCUGACACUCUGAUAAUCUCUCUAAUAAUUUUUGUUUUCAAGAAGGAAAAGUUUUAUGAUUAUAAGAAGUGAAAAGUAGGAAGUGGCCAUAGCCCAUUAAAGCCUUUCAGGUUAGCCAAGCUUAGUCGUUGGAGGGCACUCAACACAGCAGGGCUGGUGCAGGCAUUUGCUCUGUAGCAACUGUCCACUCGGUGACUCACCUCUCAGUGGGGUGGUCUUAAUUCUCAGUUGUCAUGCAUCACAUGACAAGAGCCUUGGAGAGCUGGUUAUUAGAUAAUUGAGUGGCAAUUGUAAAAUAACAUAGUGGAUUUCUUUUAAUAGCACCUUAAGAAGAAAAUUUUGCCUGUAAGUAGUCAAAAACAUGAGCAGUUAAUCUCUUAGGUAAUAACUUGGGGAACUAUAAUAGAUCAUGAAUUAACAGCUUUCCCGAGGAAAACAGCAAGCCAGGAAGUCUUUUUGCAGAUGUAAGAACAGAUUUUAUGUUUCUCUUGAAGACUCUGCGCUUCUUCCUGCCUCGCCUCAUGCCUUAUUCCUUCAGCCUCUGUCCCCAACCGGAGCCCUCCUGUAUCGUGAAAACCAUUUUACAGGACAAGAAAAAGCUUUCUGGGAAAAAAACAACAUGAGACCUCGAUAACAAAUCUUCAGUUUAACUCCCACUUUUAAGGGACUGACAAAAUAUUAUUUUUUAACGGAGGUAAUCAUUCUUUUUAAGAUCUCGGCUCUGAUGGAGCAUUUGAGCAUUUUCAGAUGCCUGCCACUCUCCACAGGAGGGCUAAGGAGGGCCCUUCAUGUCUUCUCAUCCCUCUCCGUUCUCUCUUGUAUAAAAUGAGCAAACCCUAAAGGGUGUCAAGUGUGCUUAGGAAUAUAUUUUUACUUCCUUGGAGGAUCCUCUGAAGCCAAUUAUUACUGGCAGUUUGGAAGUUUAAAAUGCGUUUUAUCAGGCAUAGGCCUUGAGACAUUCUUGAAUCUAGAAAUUCACUGGUGAAGGAAUCCAUCGGCAUCUGUCCAGAAGUUGCAGGUGAAGAAUCAGUGGAUCUGCAUUAUGUCUGGGGGGGCUGCCCUACACGUACCAAAUAUGAUUCCUAACGGCAUUUAAUUCACAUGUGAAAGAUUCCUGGCUUUGACUUGAGGUUGGAAGGAUUCAUUCAAGGAACCAAAAAUUCUGUGACAGUUUCUUAUAGGUUAUUUCAUUUUUUCUUUAUGCAAUUUUUUUUCUUUAUACCAGUUUAAAUUUUUAACUUAAAAAGUAAUCAAAGUAAGACAAAUGAAAAUUUGUCACACUAAUUAUUGUAAACCUCCAAGGUGUUUAAGUCAGGGACUGGGAUGGCAGUGCAACCAAAACGCAAGCUUACUCUUUCCUGCUCCCCAGUAGCUUAAUUGCUUGCUUUAUUCUAGAUAAAUGCGCUGAAGUGAAUGUCCGCCUGGUUCUGCUUGACACUGGGAAUUGUUAACACCAUGCUUUCCUAAUGUAUUUUCCACUUGGAUUCUUCACAUGAAAUGGUCUAAGUCACAGGUACUGAUAUUUUCCUAAACCAUUCUAAAAAUUCAUACCAAAGUAUUGCAGUUGGAGCACGUGUCUCUGACACAAAAACCAAAUACUCGGUGAUGGACAUCCAUUCAGAACGUCCAGAUGUUCUGGACAGAACUCAGGCUCCCAGCCUCACACUUUAUGGCCAGCUUUGUAAAUAAAGGUUUUUUUAAAUGCAGCCAUGUCCAUUUGUUUACAGGUCUCAUGACCAAACGAUCUGCAAAUCGGAAACUACUUGCCAUCCUUAAGAAACGCUUACUGAUCCUUCCUCUAGAGGAAGCAGAGAAUCUUCAGUUAGAGCACUUCAGCUCUGUUAGGUGAGUUUUAAUCUCCAUAAGCAAGGUUUUUAACUCUCCCUAUUCCAGAGCCCAGCAUCCUGCAAUAGAUUUAUUCUAACAAGGUCAGGUCCUUUCAGGAAUGAAAAUCACAUGGUUUUUGGUUCCGAAAGAGUUAUUGUCAGCUAACAAGGCAGGCUUCUCCCAGCUGAGUGCUCAUAACCAGCACGUCUGAUAAUGUUUGUAACUAAAGUGUUAAAUGAGAAUGGGCAGGCCUAACGGUUUGUAUCCAGAGUGAGAACUGUGAAUGCAAGAAACUCAGUCUCUCUGAAUUUUCCUUCCAUCAAGACUUGGAAAGGAUACCUGUAUCCGUUCUCUGCCUCACAGUCAAUGCUUUCUAUGCCUGGUCCUUUUACUGCUUUUUUAAAAUGUAAAUAUUCAUUAAUUAAACAAUUAAAAGUGUGAAA